AUGGUUUUUGUAAAGACUUCCUUUGCCAAGAGCUUCAGCAUCGUCAGUGCAAUUUUGCUCUCUUUGUCUGUAUCCGUACAAGCCGGCUGUGCAGGAGAACUUAAGGCAAGUUCCCAAUCCGAGCUGGACUCUAUUCGUGGGUGCAAAGUAUACAGUGGAAACAUUGUUGUCGACAACUCGGGUGCAGCCGACUUGACUCUGAACGGGGUUGAAUCUGUGGAAGGUGAUCUGAUCUUCAGUGGAAAUAAUGGACUCCUGCGCCUCACAAUGCCAGUUCUGCAGAGUGUGAAUGGCCGGCUUUCGCUGUCGAACAACAAGCUGCUGGCCUCAAUAGAUAUGCGCCAGUUGGCAAGCGUGCGUGUGUUUGAGGUCUCUGUUCAUCCGGCCUUGAACUCCCUCGCAUUCCCUGCCGGUCUGGGAAGUGCUGAGCGCUUCAGUGUUACCGACACAACCGUGACACGGAUCGAUGGUCUCAAGAUGCCAGCAGUGGGUGAAUUGGUGAUUUCGAAUAAUAUCUAUCUCAAGAGUCUGUCUUUUGGAAAUAUGACCCAGCUGACAGGCAGUGUUACCAUGGCUGCAAAUUCGCCUGCUCUCAUCUUAGACCUCUCAUCUCUUAUUAACAUGAAUGAAGGAUCUUUCCGUAACGUGGCAAACGUUGCGUUUGACAACCUGGAAAAAAUCAGUGGUGAUAUAUUCUUUAUAUCCAAUUCAUUCUCCACCCUCUCAUUACCAAAAGUUGCCGGAAUCGAGGGCACUUUGACAAUCACAGACAAUAGUCAGCUCUCUACUCUUUCAAUGCCUGAGUUGACUCACUUGGGCGGUGCCUUGUCUCUAGGCAACAACAAUCAUCUGACAUCUGUGGAUGCAUUCCCUAAACUGGAAGAAGUCGAUGGUACUCUUGAUAUCACCGGUACAUUUGAUGAAGUAAUAUUACCAGGUCUAAUGGAUGUUCGUGGUGGCCUUAAUGUUCAGACAUCCAGCUCUCACUUCUCAUGCGAUGGAAUUAGUAAAUUAAAGAGUGAAGUAAUCAAAGGAAAUGCAUAUGUUUGCAAGUCGGCUGUCAGUAAACCAAAGUCGGGUAUGCCAGGCAAAAAUGGAAGCAGUUCGUUUGAUGAGUCAAGCAGCGCCACAUCUAUCAAAGCUGGCUGGGUGGGCAUCAUGUCUGUCCUUGGCUUAUCAUCAGUCUAUCUACUUGCCUAG